AUGAAGCUGCUAUCGGCGUUGCAGCAGCAGGGCCGCCGGAGCAACAGUUUUCGAAGUGCAUCAUCGCCGCUGGACUCUUCCGUGGACGGUGGAGUAAAGUCUAAGGCAACGAUUUUUUGGCUACUGUUACAUGGUCUUUGCUGUCUUAUUAGUCUAGUCCUUGGUUUCCGAUUCUCCCGUUUGGUAUUUUUCCUCAUUUUUUCUACCUCCUCCCCCUCCACUACCACCACCACCACCACCAGGGCCACCGUCAAUCUCUAUUCUGCUUUCCACAAUUCAUUUCCAUCUACCACCACAACGUCGAAGCCGGCGGUGAAUGGUGCGACGGCGGAGGGGAGUCGAGUUGUGGUAGGGAGGCACGGGAUACUAAUACGGCCUUGGCCGCAUCCAGAUCCGGAGGAGGUGUUGAAGUCUCACUGGAUAAUCGACAGGGUUCAGAGAGAACAGAGGCUGCAGUAUGGAGUGAAGAGCCCUAAAACUGUGAUUGCAAUCACGCCGACGUACGUUCGGACCUUUCAGACGCUUCAUCUAACUGGCAUUAUGCAUACUCUGAUGAAUGUGCCCUAUGAUCUGAUCUGGAUUGUCGUGGAAGUUGGUGGCGCCACCAAUGAAACGGCCUCGUUGAUUUCAAAAUCAGGCCUCAAAAUAUUCCAUAUUGGAUAUAAUGUGAAAAUCCCGAUUUUAUGGGACGAUCGGCAUAAAUUAGAAGUGCAAAUGCGACUACACGCCUUAAGAGUUGUGAAAAAGAAGAGGUUAGAUGGGAUGGUAAUGUUUGUGGAUGACAGUAAUAUGCAUAGUAUGGAGUUAUUUGAUGAGAUCCAGAGAGUAAAAUGGGUAGGUGCAGUUUCGGUUGGAAUUCUUGCACAUUCAGGAGGGUCUGAAGAAGGAGAUUUGUCUGUGGCUCAGACAGAGAACAGUGGGAAGAAUCAGAAGAAUUUGCAGAUGCUAGUUCAGGGACCAUCUUGUAAUUCGUCAAACCAUCUGGUGGGGUGGCAUACUUUCAAUGUGCUUCCACUUCAAGAGAGGAGGGCAAGGUAUGUUGGUGACAGGGGAGUUGUGCUGCCUAGGAAGCUGGAGUGGGCUGGAUUUAUCUUUAAUUCAAGGUUAUUUUGGAAGGAAGUAGAAGAUAAGCCGCAAUGGGUAAAGGACUUGGAUGAGGUUGGUAGGGAUGGAGACGAUGUUGAGAGUCCUUUAUCUUUGCUGAAGGAUGCUUCUUUAGUGGAGCCUCUAGGGAGUUGUGGGCGCAAGGUCAUGCUGUGGUGGCUGCGUGUUGAGGCUCGGGCAGACAGUAAAUUCCCUGCCAGAUGGAUAAUUGAUCCUCCAUUAGACGUUAUCGUCCCAGCAAAACGCACUCCAUGGCCAGAUGCUCAUCCCAAACUUCCAUCUUCUGGUGAAAAAGCAAUCAACAUCCAGGAUAACAUUGAGAAGCAUACAACCAAAAGCCAGACAACUAGAAGACGUGGAUCCCGGAACAAGAGGAAGCGCUCGGCAAAAGUAACAAUUGAACAAGUUACCACAAGAUCUCCAAAGACAAGAUUACUAUUCUUGUUGAGUAAAUACGCAAAGGCACGAUACACAUAG